CCGCGCACCUCUCACCAACCUAUAUCCCUUCGCUGCACCAACAUAGAUCCGCACACCACAAUGCCCACCGUAGAAGACUAUUUUGACGACGACACCGACCUCCCCUUGCCCUCUUCUUCUAGACCCACUCUCCCGAACACAGGUACCCGCGGAGCGCUCCUCGAAGAGAUCACUUCCGACGAUGAAGGGGACAUGGAUUUCAGCAAGCUCGCAGAGCAGGGACGUGGGAUAUUCGGAGAGAAUUCCAAGGCGCCAGCGCCUUCAGCUCCAAGCUUUAGUGCGAGUGACAAGGGGAAACUUGCGGUCAGAGAUGGAGACCAAAAUGUAGUGGGCGGAGGACCGACAAUCAACCCUAAUACGCCGAUGGGAGGACUUAUGGGUGAUAUGAUGAAGCUGCAGGCCGCAGAAGAAGAGAGACUGGAGAAAUUGAAAGGAAAGUUUGGGAACGUGAACAUUGGAGCCGAUCCCAGUAUCUACAAGGGCUGGAACGUCGUGUAUCCGCUGUACUUUGACGCCAAAGUCUCAAUCAACUCUGGUCGACGCGUUCCCAGGACAUCGGCUGUCUGGUGGCCGAUAGCAACUCAGAUCGCCGAAGCUUGCAAAUCUCUGGGCCUUCCUAGUGUCCUUGAACCCGAGAGGUGUCAUCCCGCGGAUUGGGAGAAUCCUGGCCGAGUCAAAGUGCAAUUUGUAAAAGACGGCCGGUUUAUCAAUCCCAUCAUCAAGAACCGUACCCAGCUGUACAAACAUAUUUCAGACCAAAUCCGUCAGCGAAAUCCUUCCAUUGUGUUUGAUCCUGCUGCUACUGCCUCCCGACGUCCGCAGCCUUUCUCCUCCGUCUCAGCAAGCAAGCCAUCAAAGAAGAGCAAAACCAAGGCUAAACUGCCUCCAAAAGCCCCUCGACCAAUCGUCAAACUUCCUACUCGACCUCCACUCCCACCUGCACCUGUCCCUAAUCCUGACGAUCGGUUGCCGUUCAACUCACCUCUCAUUCCAAUGGGAGUUAUCAUUGCGGCGAUCAAGCGAGAGAAGGCUGAAGAGAAAGAAAAGAAGAAAAUUGGUGGUGGCGAGAGUGCUGGAGAGCCCAAGGCUCCGAAGAUGAAGAAGAUUGUGGUUAGGGGCAAGAGAUAGGCUGAGGCACAUCAUUGUUGUUGGGUUUCAUGAAGAGCAUUAAAUGCAUUUGUAUAACACCAAGCAUACCUUAUGUGCAGCUGCUGCUUGCGUCCGCUUCUUCAGUAAGCAAGGAUUAACAUGUGUCAUUGUAAUGAUGUAAAUCAUGCUGUCGGGUUCACCGUUACUGCUUCUGUUUUCACAGCUUAACAGAGCACAUUGAAUGAAGUCUGCACGUUGUGCAUCUUGUCUGAGCAUGACCGACUUUCAUUGGCUUCGUCGACUCGCACAUAAUACGAGAUACGCUCCUUUCUCCCGAGUCUCCUCGAUAGGACCUGCCCAAAUACAGCAGUCAUCCGCUAUUAUUAUGUAUGUAGGAGAGUGUUUGUAUGAUUAUUCGCCGGUCGCAAAAGCACUUCCUUCUGAUACAUUUGUAUCCUGUUAUUCGCUAAAAGAGAUAUGUGCCAAUGUAUCUCUGCAUCCGGCCCUUUUUCUUUUCUUCCUGUACGUACAAAACAUUCGUAUAAAAAACCAAGAAUUCAGACGUAUGGCUUUAACCGACUGAAGGAAGACAAAGACCUGUUUUUUGUAAUUCGAAAUUCGAUGGAAAGCUUAAACCAAAGUAGAUAAAGUAAAGGCAAAAAUGAAGGUAACUCAUCUACUCGAAAACAAUUAGCUUGCUAUAAACAACCCCUUUACAAUCUAUCGUGAUCUACUGAUACAAGCCACGACAUUUUUCACCCUACUCAUC